CGUGAAUGUGUGAAAUGUGAUGUAUAUAUUUGCUUUAACUUAUUAUGCGACUUAAAUUGCGCUACUCUAGCGAUUUGAAUGGUGCAUUUUAAUUUUAGAGAAUGUACUGAAUUACUGCGUUUUCAAAUGGUGUAAUUAAUGAUGUGAUGAUAACUGUGAGAUGUGUGAUGAUGUACCCGAGCUGUCCGACAGUGAUGAUGAGCAAUGGCAGUCAAUGGAGGAGGGAUCUGAACACAUAACAGUCCCGUGUUUACUCUGUGACAGGACUCUCACCUCUGUGUCUGAAACGGUACAACACUGUAAGGCAGAUCAUGGUGUGGAUAUUCCAGAGCUUGUCCAAAAACACAGGCUUGAUGACUAUGGCUACAUAAAGAUGAUAAACUACCUUAGAACUACAAAAUGUUCUGCAGAGAGUUUGCUACUGACUUCAAAUGGUCCAUUGCCAUGGGAAAGUGAUGAAUAUAUGAAACCAGCUUUACCAGAUGACCCAUUACUGCAGAUAGAUGUUGAAGAGUUGAGUGAGGCCGCAGCUGUGACAUUGAGCCCUGCGGCUAGUGAUGAGGUGCCUCUUCUGCUUCAGAGAGCUAGAAAGGCUGAAGACAGAGCUCAGAGAGCUGAGGAAGCCCUGGCUCGGGCCAUGGACGAUCUGCACAAACUCAAAUUGUUGGCACAAGGUCUAGUGCUGAACGCAGACACAAGUCGUGGCCCUUCACGCACAGGGGCCAUUGCUGAGUUGAGAGAAGAUGAAGACGAGGCCUACUUUAGCUCUUAUGGGCAUUACAGCAUCCAUGAGGAGAUGCUGAAGGACAAGGUGCGCACUGAGAGCUAUCGAGACUUCAUGUACCGCAACAUGGACGUCUUCAAGGACAAGGUGGUGCUUGAUGUGGGAUGUGGUACGGGAAUCCUCUCCAUGUUUGCCGCCAAAGCGGGAGCCAGGAAGGUCAUUGCUGUCGACCAGUCAGAGAUCAUCUACCAGGCCAUGGACAUUGUCAGAUCAAAUAAACUUGAAGACACCAUCACCUUUAUCAAGGGCAGAAUAGAGGAAAUUGACCUUCCUGUGGAAAAAGUGGACAUCAUCGUUUCAGAGUGGAUGGGCUACUUCCUGCUGUUUGAGUCAAUGCUGGACUCUGUGCUGUACGCCAGGGAUCGGUACCUUGCAGAAGAUGGUUUGGUCUUUCCAGACCGCUGCAACAUCAGCCUGGCGGCAGUGGGGGACACUCAGAAACACAGUGACCGCAUUGCAUUCUGGGACAAUGUGUAUGGCUUCAAGAUGACGUGUAUGAAGAAGGCUGUGAUACCAGAGGCGGUAGUGGAGGUACUGAAGCCUGAGACGGUCAUUUCAGAGCCUGCAGUGAUUAAGACUAUUGACUGUGGCUCUGUGACUGUGUCUGAGCUGGAGUUCGCUGUAGACUUCAGUCUGAAGAUAACGGCCAGCACCUUCUGUACAGCUAUCGUGGGCUAUUUUGACAUUUUCUUCGACAAGAGCUGCGGAAACAAGGUCAUGUUCUCCACUGCUCCAGACUGCACUAAGACUCACUGGAAACAGACGGUGUUCUUACUAGAAAGCCCAAUCCCUGUCAAAGCCGGAGAAGAACUUCCUGGUCAAAUCACAGUGCAUAAGAACAGAAAGGACCCCAGGGCACUGCUGAUCACACUUGACGUCGCUGGUCGGAAGCAAACCUACAGCCUCCAGUGAAGAGAUUGUUUUAUUGGAUGGAAAACACAUACUUUGAGCAAUGCAGUGUUUAAUUAAUGAAACAUUUAAUUAAAAAGUUUUCUACUAAUA